AAUCGUUUGACGCUAGGUGUGCGAAAGGAAUUGUAAUUCCUACUUGUAAUAUUCUCAGCGAUUAUAUAAAACCAAAAAAUGGAUCUUAUGAUGCUUGUACCGACGUCAGAAGAGCAGCUCAAUGCUGAGAGUAGUCAGGGAUUUCCACGUGUCGAGCACAAAUGUAAAAUACCUCCUGAAUUCGACGAAUUGAAAAAUGUGAUCGAAGGCGAUGGGUUCUGCGCUAGAUCUCGCCGGUGGUUUCGACGAAAAUGUUUGAUAUCUCAAAGGCAUCCAGAUUCUCGUUUUUGGUUGAAAAGUAAGGCCACGAUGUCGUACGAAUAUACCCGCCAUGCGAACUCGUAUAUCUACAUGAUUCAUCCCUUCAGCGAAUUCAGAGUAUGCUGGCAGACUGUAAUGGUAAUGGCAACAUUGAUGGCUCUCUUAACCAUCCCAUAUCGGGUCACGUUUUUCUUCGAGUUACCGCAUGGGGAAUGGUUAUUCUUUGUUCUAAUAUUGGAUUGCAUUCUCUUGUGCGAUAUCGUGCUAUGGUUUUUCACCGGAUACUAUGAGCUGCGUACAAAUGUCGUUGUUUUGGAUCCUCGAAUAAUCGCACGUAAAUAUCUCACGAGCUGGUUCUUUAUCGAUUUAUUGUCGUCGUUACCCAUGGGACUACUUGCGUUAUUAGGGAAUGCGAGCCACCAAAGGGUGCAGCUCUAUUCCUACUCCCAAAUUCUAAAAAUCUUCAGGCUGCGAGUUGUCGUAAAUUACGUUCGCCGUUUACGACGUGUCUACGGAAUCUCGUUCCAAACACAGAAAUCUAUAGAAUUCGGUGUCUUGAUGGUAAUUGUGCUUCAUUGGGCAGCUUGUGCCGAAUAUUACGUAUCUGCAACAGUCCGAAGGGCAAUGAUAGCUUCCGGUAAAUCGCACGAGAACUGGACUAAUCUACCGUACGUUAGGGAUAACAGCACGUUUUUCAAGUACAUCGUUUCCCUGUACAGAUCAGUAGCCGCUAUGGUAGGGUGUUUGAAGCACGAUGAUCUGGUCGCGGUUGAGGAUGUCGUAUCCGAUGCAGUGUUCUCUAUAUUUGGUCGAGUUGCGAAUAUUUAUUUAAUAGCUAAGUGGCUACAACUCACGAACACUUUCCGUGGUAUAACAAAUAAUAGUUACCUAUGGUUGUUACCCCAAUUACGGGAGUACAUGCGACACAAAGAACUUCCGAUAGAAAUUCAAAAUCGUCUGACGACCUACUACGGAUAUUGCAUCCAGCAAAGUAUCGAUCUUGAAAAAAGUAUCAUGAGCCUCGUGUCCGUGCGACUGAGAGAAGAAUUGAUGCUCCACCGUUCUCGAAAGUUGGUUGAAAAAGUCACGUUUUUCAAAUGCCUACCAGAAUCGGUAGUGUCACGUAUCGCGAUGUCGCUGCGCACAGAAAUAUUUCUUACGAACGACGUAAUAAUAAAAGCAGGUACAACGGGUGAUAGUAUGUAUUUUAUUGCUUCUGGAACCGUCGCUAUAUACACAAGUUUAGGAAAAGAGGUUUGCCAUCUUGAGGACGGCGCGCACUUCGGCGAGAUAGCUUUGAUAAUGGAAAACGAACAGCGGGUAGCGAGUGUGGUAGCGGCCGAGAUAUGUGAACUGUACGUUUUGACACGUGAAGAUUUCCAGCAGGCAAUAGAGCGUUACCCGAACCUUAUGAAUUCCCUGCAAAAACUGGUUCUACAAAGACUCGAGAAGACGUUAUUUUUAGGGGAGCUUUACCGUCUAGAAGAACGAGUUACGAUUCGCCAUCUCUACAAUAUCUAUACUAUUUGGUAA